CUUCCUGACUAGCCGGGUUCCGCCAUUUUCUACUCAAGAUUGAAAGUAACACCAGUCCUGUAUUGUUCGUCCUAAAAAUAAACCCCUUCUGAGAAACUGAAAACAGGUUUUGUUAGCACUCCUUCCGGCAUCCAAUAAUGGAAGACGAGAGCCACCCAAAAACCCUCUAUGUGGGGAAUCUUUCAAGAGAUGUAACGGAGAACUUGAUCCUACAGUUAUUUACUCAGAUUGGGCCAUGUAAAAGUUGUAAAAUGAUAACAGAGCAGUCUGAUAGCAGCAGGAAGAUGAACUCUUCUUCUAUUGGAUUUUCUGUUUUGCAGCAUACAAGCAAUGACCCGUAUUGCUUUGUGGAGUUCUUUGAACAUAGAGACGCUGCUGCGGCAUUAGCUGCCAUGAACGGAAGGAAGAUUUUGGGAAAGGAAGUCAAGGUAAACUGGGCUACCACUCCGAGCAGUCAGAAGAAAGAUACAUCAAAUCAUUUUCAUGUUUUUGUGGGAGACUUGAGCCCUGAGAUCACAACUGAUGACAUCAGAGCUGCAUUUGCCCCCUUUGGGAAAAUCUCGGAUGCACGAGUGGUGAAGGAUAUGACAACAGGGAAAUCAAAGGGGUAUGGAUUUGUGUCCUUCUAUAACAAACUGGUAAGGCUCCAGUACAGGAACAGAGUGAAGGAUGCUGAGAACGCCAUAGUACACAUGGGAGGUCAGUGGCUUGGUGGACGACAAAUCCGGACUAACUGGGCAACUCGCAAACCACCCGCUCCAAAGAGUGUGCAAGACAAUAGUGCCAAGCAGCUAAGAUUUGAUGAGGUGGUGAACCAGUCGAGUCCUCAGAACUGCACAGUUUACUGUGGUGGCAUUCAGUCAGGACUCACAGAGCAUCUCAUGCGACAGACCUUUUCUCCUUUUGGCCAGAUAAUGGAGAUCAGAGUGUUUCCAGAGAAGGGUUAUUCUUUUAUCAGGUUCUCUUCACAUGAAAGUGCUGCUCAUGCCAUUGUCUCCGUGAAUGGCACCACCAUUGAAGGACAUGUGGUGAAGUGCUACUGGGGCAAAGAAUCUCCUGACAUGGCCAAAAAUGUCCAGCCGAUGGAGUACGGUCAGUGGGGACAAUGGAAUCAAAUGUAUGGCAAUCCGCAACAGUAUGGUCAGUACAUGACCAAUGGCUGGCAAGUACCAUCCUAUGGAAUGUACGGCCAAACAUGGAAUCAGCAAGGAUUUGGUGUCGAACAAUCACAGUCCCCUGCCUGGGUGGGAGGUUUUGGGACGCAACCCUCUCAGGCUCAGCCCGGUGCAGUGAUGAACCAGGCUAACUUCGGCAUGGCCGGAUACCAGACACAGUGAUCUGACCUUCCCUCUCCAUAACAGCCGCUUCUUACUCCUGUACAUCCUGCUCUCACAGGGAGAGAAUCUGAAGACUCCUUACCCAUACAGGCAUAUGGAUCCCAAGCAGGAAACGCUUUAUUGUAAAGAUGCAAAUUUAGAGUAAAGAAGCCAACAAGAUGUGCGCCUUCACUGGAAAUCUCAGUUCAUUCACAAGAUUCGAUCCUGCUUUAGUUGAAUUGGAGAUGAAAUGUGUCUCUUCCCCCACCCUUUUUGUUUUUUACUGCAUAUCUCAAAGAAAACUGCUGAUUUUUCCCAUUGAAUCCCAACUUCAGGAACUCCACAGGUACAUUACAUGAAAAUCCCACAACGUAAACAGUUUUCCCACUAUGUAUUUUCUUUUUUUUCCACUCUUCCUUAAUAACUGAUCAUGCAUUUGCUUGUUCAUUACAGUACGGACUUUGAAUUUUGUACAAAAACAAAACAAACUGCGACAAAAAAAUGCCAUCAAUUCUUCAUUCUGACUUGGCAAAGGCACUUUUUGGGGGUUCACUGGACCCGUGUCUUGUAAAUGUUGACGUGUAAAUGAAUUUCUAUGUGCAGUGGUGUAUAUUUAAUCCACAUUAGCUCCCCGUUCUCCUCGGAUUCUAGAGCUCUUUGAUACUGUGUGUAUAAUGUAUCUUUUUACUCCCAAUUUACAGACAGUGAAAUCUCCCGUUCACUACGGAGGAAGGGUCACGACGGCCAAACCUGUAAAUAUCUUUUGAUAUCUCGGCCUGGAAAAAGGGUUUCAGAAGCAUGCGCUCUACUUGACAAGACCUUUUUUUUUUUGUAGAACUAAAGCAGCGUAUGUUAGACAAACGUUACAUGUGUGACUGAUAUUUACAAGCCUUAAUUUUUGCUCGGUCACACACAGAUUUUCAGCUGAACACUUCGAGACCCUCAUAGAGAGCUGUACGAUUUAUUUUAGAUCCUACUGUACAUUUGUCCCUUUGCUGUUUUUAAAAAUAUGCGUGCCAUUUUUUUUUUUCGAGUAGCCAGAGAAAAGGUUUGGAUUUUUGGUUUGGAUUUUUUGUUUUCUUCCCUUUGGGAAUGUUGAGAAAUUGCAUGUUUCAAACCAUAAUAUUGAGGUUGCUCAAAGCAUUGAAUGUAAAAGGCAGAAAUGUUUGAAUACAACUUAGCAUUUUGAGUUUUCUUUUUAGGUCUAAAUGAGUCAAUAAAUGAACCAUUGGACAAGAA